CUUUCUUCCGUUAUACGCUACUGCAAAAAAAAAAAAUUCGCUAUCAUACGAUCCUUCUAACAAGUGUAAACAACGUAAACAAACUUAUCGAAGAAUUUUAUUUCAAAACUAAUUUUUCUGAAGGUACUACCUUUAGGAAUUGCUUGUCUGGUUUAUAUCAUCGUUUGUGGAUGCAUCGUGAGCAUUGUUUCUUCGCAAACAAGAAAAGAAACGAGGGAAAGAAAAGAUAACGGUUUAUCAGUACUGUUUUUUCUAUAGUUCUCAUACCAAAAACUUCUAUAACUUCUAGAUUAUUAACAGAUUCGAACGGAUUUUCAACCUUAUCACUUAACAUGAUUUAUUAUAAGUGUAUAUGAAACAUUAAACAGGUCUCGACGAUAAAUUUUUUAUUUUUCAUUGGAGUAACAAUAGUAUAACUAUUAAAAAUAAAUUCACGGAUUUCAAUUCUUUUAAUGAAUAUUCAUUAUAUAUUUUCGUGGUGGCGUGAUACACACCGAAGACGGAUAAAGUUGUUUGCAGUGCGGUCAAGUGAAAAAACCAUUAUAAAAAAGGAUUAUUAGAUAAUUUUUUUAAUCGAAUAAUUUAUCGAAUCUACAAUAAAUAUCGAUUACUAAAAAUAAAUACAUUUUGAAAACAAUUGAUAAUGAACACUUUAAUGAAUAUAUCGUCGACAUUUUGGUCACCGGACAUAUGGCUACCGCCCAAUAUAACAUGGGAUGAUAUUAAACCGAAUUCAGAAAACAAAUAUGCUGAUUAUCAGCAUUUAAUAUUUCCCUUGCCAAUGGCCUUAAUUCUGUUGGUUAUGAGAUAUACUCUUGAAAGGUAUUGCUUUGCACCCUUUGGCAAAUCGCUUGGUAUAAAAAAUACAAGAUCAAAAAAAGCACCCCCGAAUGAAAUUUUGGAGAAAGCUUAUAGUAGUAAAAAAAUAAAACACAAACAGAUAUUAGCUUUAGCUAAGCAAUUGGAUUGUUCGGAACGACAAAUAGAAAGGUGGCUUAGACUCAGACGUUCUCAAGACAAACCAUCUACUUUAACAAAGUUCUGCGAAAACAAUUGGAGGUGUUCAUUUUAUACAUAUUCAUUCUUUUAUGGCCUUAUUAUUUUAUGGAAUAAACCAUGGCUAUGGGACAUAAAACAAUGUUAUUAUAACUAUCCAUAUCAUUCGGUAACUAAUGAUGUGUGGUGGUAUUAUAUGAUAUCUAUGGCAUUUUACUGGUCAUUGAGUUUGUCACAAUUCUUCGAUGUAAAAAGAAAAGAUUUUUGGCAAAUGUUCGUUCAUCAUAUAGUGACUAUUGUUUUAUUGUGUUUCUCAUGGGUUGCAAAUUUAACAAGGAUCGGUUCAUUAGUCUUAUUAGUACAUGAUUCUGCUGAUAUAUUCCUAGAAGUGGCAAAAAUGGCAAAAUAUGCUAAUUAUCAAAAAUUCUGUGACUUCGUAUUUGUUAUUUUCACAAUAUUAUGGAUUUCUACACGUGUUGGUAUUUUUCCAUUUUGGAUAAUUUAUAGUACAUUGAUUGAAGCACCUAAAAUAGUGCCAAUGUUCCCAGCAUAUUAUGUGUUUAAUACAUUAUUGUGUCUCCUACUUUUGCUUCAUUCGAUUUGGACUUAUGUUAUUAUUAAGAUAGCAUACAAUGCCUUCUAUGCUGGUCAGAUGGAAGGUGAUAUACGAAGUAAUAGCAGUGAAGAUGUUUCAGAUGCCUCUGAGAAUAAUGCAUCUGUUAAUGAUACAACGAACUACAUCAGCAAACGAAGUCCAAGACAAAAGACACACUAACAAAAAAGAUCAACUAGAUAAAAGUCCUAACAUAUAUAAUGUUAAAGAUAAAAAAAGAAAACAAAAAAAUAAUUAGCCUGGCGCUAAAUUAUCAUUCUUCAAACUUAUUCAAGUUAUAAAGUUAUGAUUGUAUCAUUAUAACAAAUCAAAUCAUAACUUUAUUGGGAAUAUCAUUAAAAAAAAACUCUAGACUUAACAACUAAGAUAUUUGUUGCUAUAAAUAUUUUUUAAAGCAAUUUCAUGUUUAUUUCUAUAAAGUAAGAGAAAGUGAUUCACUAUAAAUGCAAAAUCCAAAUUUCAUUUUUAACAUAUUACCAAUAUUGUAAAAAAAUGAAAAUCUUUAGUCAUAUUUCACUUUCAUAUUUUACAUUAUACCAUUUAUUUAUAAUUAUUUUAUUUAAAAAUUUAGGUACCUGUAUGUAUUAUCUUUUAAAAGAACUUUAAGUGUUUAAUUAAACAAAGAAUGGACCAAAGCUUUAGAUUUUUAUGUCAAAAGGUAACCCUUUUUAAACUUGUGAUUCGUGAUAUUAAAAUAUUUUUAUAUAUUCAUUUUGUAUAUUCUGAAAAUAUCUAUAAGUUUAACGAUAAAGUAGAAUGAAAGGGAAAGUGCAAAGAAAAUCGUGCAAAGAAAAAUUUCCACAAAUAGCAUUUAUUUCGCAAAGUUUUAUGUGAAUCUCUUUGAUUAAGUGUUAAAUGGUAGUAUUAGUUAGUGAAUAAAAUCAAGUUGAAAAUUGA